AUGUAGUAGUACAACUGUUAACUGUACAACAGAUUUUAAUUCAAGAGAAUCAGGACAGAACUGGACCACUACUUCAGUGGAGAGAGUAGACAAACACAAACACUUAAAAACUCCAAAGUCAAGAUUAGGCGGAGACUUGUGUAUAGUUUCAAAAAACCCAAAUCACAAACAAGUGCAAUUGAAGGAGAACAAUAACAAUGGGGGACGCUAACUUGGUACACUCACCAUUAAUCACUUAUGGCUCAAUGCUCUCUCUCUUAUCUUUCACACCCCCUUUUGUAAUUCUCAUGUGGUAUACAAAUGUACACGCUGAUGGAUCCAUCUUGAAAACAUUUAAUCACCUAAGGGAAAAUGGCUUGCAAGGGUUAAUUAAUAUUUGGCCAAAACCUACUGCAAUUGCUGGGAAGCUAAUUAUUUGUUAUGCUCUAUUUGAGGCGGCACUACAGCUUCUAUUGCCUGGUAAAAGAGUCGAAGGUCCAAUAUCUCCAACCGGACACAAGCCGGUCUAUAAGGCAAAUGGCAUGGCAGCAUAUGCAGUGACACUGAUUACGUAUAUCAGUCUUUGGUGGUUUGGAAUAUUCAAUCCUGCAAUUGUUUAUGACCAUCUGGGCGAGAUUUUAUCUACACUUAUUUUUGGGAGUUUAGUCUUCUGUGUUUUGUUGUAUAUUAAAGGUCAUGUUGCACCAUCUUCCACUGAUUCUGGUUCAUCAGGGAACAUAAUAGUUGACUUCUAUUGGGGGAUGGAGUUAUAUCCUCGUAUUGGCAAAGACUUUGAUAUCAAAGUCUUCACAAACUGCAGAUUCGGCAUGAUGUCUUGGGCAGUUCUUGCUGUCACUUAUUGCAUAAAGCAGCAUGAAGAAUAUGGAAGUGUAUCUGAUUCCAUGCUUGUAAAUACCAUAUUGAUGUUGAUGUAUGUCACAAAAUUUUUCUGGUGGGAAGCUGGCUACUGGAACACAAUGGAUAUUGCACAUGACAGAGCUGGCUUUUAUAUAUGUUGGGGAUGCUUGGUAUGGGUUCCAUGCAUAUAUACCUCUCCUGGCAUGUACCUUGUUAAACAGCCUGUGCAUCUUGGGCUUCAGGUAUUCUUACAUCGAAGA